CGUGCGCGCUCCCGUGCGCAGCGCUCCCACCUUCUCGCGUGCCAUACGAUCCUGCCGGACUGUUCGCUGAUUCAGUGCCUUAAGGAGAAUCGCCGUUCACCUGAACAGAGCUACAGCAACCUCUGCGGAGAAACACGCAGCCAUGGCCAAAACAGCGACCGCGUACAAAGAAAAGAUGAAGGAGCUGUCCGUCCUCUCCCUCAUCUGCUCCUGUUUCUACCCAGAGUCACGCAACAAGCUCGUGCGUGAGUUCGAAGACAUGGAGGUCAAGCCUAUAAACAAGCGGGCAUCAGGCCAGGCCUUUGAGGUGAUCCUCAAGCCUCUGUCUCCAGUGUCGAACGUGGCCCAUAACCUCCCAUCGCCCCCAAAGAGGGACAUCUCCUUGGACGACAUCGAGAGGAAACUGGAAGCUGCCGAGGAGCGAAGGAGGAUGCAGGAGACGCAGGUGCUGAUCGCUUUGGCAGAGAAGCGGGAGCACGAGAGGUUCGUGUUGCUAAAGGCCAUGGAGGAGAACAGCAACUUCAGCAGGAUGGCCGAGGAGAAGCUCCAGCUGAAGAUGGAGCAGAACAAGGAGAACCGUGAGGCCCAUCUGGCAGCCAUGAUGGAGCGUCUACAGGAGAAGGAGAAACGCGCAGCGGUCGUGCGCAGGAACAAAGAGCUGAUGGUGGAGCAAACAGCAUGAGCCUCGCACCAGUCCUGACUCCCAUGGUCCAUACGCCUCUCUUCAGUCCUGCCCCCCCCUCCCCUGACCCCCAACCUCGGAGGCCCGGAGGACCUCAUCCCCACCACACAACACACCACUUUAGCAGUACUCACAAGUGUCAGUAUUAUCAGUGAAUACAAACAUCAGUAACACUCCCUGGAGAAAUGAAUGGGUUUGUUGAUUUUAGAGCAAAUGUGACAAUAUGGCUAUUAUUGUGUAAAUAGCUUUUUCCCCCCCAGCUCUGUAUAUCGGUUCACACAACACGGUUCCGCGCUGACGCUCCGUUAUUGGUUCAUGUUUCGGUUCUUGAGGUUUGACUCUCUAACCCGUUUCUCAUGAAAGCUCCCGAUGAUGUCAUGAUGAUGCGUCUGUGUCUUUGUGUGAAGAGCGACGGUCGGUGUUCAUAGACUACAGACUCCUCACGAUAUUCCACUGGUAUCGGUGUCACGCUCACUCUCCUACACCGCCCGCAGCUUCAUACAGCGUCCACUUCCUCCGAAACGAGCUUGACAAUGAACAAUAGGUGCUUUAUUUUUUAUUAAGAAUGUCUUCACCCAACCUGCACAAACAUGGCAGGUUCCCACUUGCGAUUCAGUAGCGAAUGCUUCUUUAGGCCGAUCCGUAUUCUGGGAUUCAUCUCUUGAAUGUUACGACACCAUCCCGGUACCGUGCAUAGUGUCUUGGACAGUGGAAUGUGCUCUUGCCCCACCUUGAUAUUGAUAGUGACAACAUGUCUGUGUGGGUGUGUGUGGAUGUCAGGCGCCGUUAGCUUCUUUAGGACUGGAUGGAGAUCAAAUGUGGGACGCUUUACGUUCAGCACUCUCUAUUAGCCUCUUUUUAAUAUGCGAUUCUGCUGAUAUCUGCCUGCACCCUCUGCUGCUUGUGUUUCUCCCUUCAUAUAUUUCUCUGUGAAAGCUUUGCUGAAUAAAGGUUUGGGGUUCUGUGAACAUGGCAUGCACCAUCCACUGAUUUUUCUGUGCUUCAAGAGGAAGGAAAAUGUUAACUGCCAAAUAAAAGAACCAGUUAUGUACACAUCCUGACAA